CCAGGUAAGCGAAGCCGAAAAGGAGCGUUCAGCCCUCUUCCCGAUGGGAUCCGCCGCGAGAUGGGCGUGUGGUGCCCCAGCCAGGCAACUGUUGUGCUGUAUCUCGGCCGACUUCCCCAAGGACAAGGAGCAGAGCAGCGCCCCCCGGUGCCCCAGGAAGGACCCAGGACCGCAGUGGACGAUCAGCCCCCAACAAUCUCCAAAGGUGAAGACCAGGGCUUUUUUUGGAUCAGGAACGCAGUUCUGGCUGGCAGCUUGCUUGGUUUUGGGGUUGUGGGUGGCCAAUGAGUCCCUGCUGGGCUUUUCCUACAAAAUAAAAUUCCUAGUGAAGACCCCUUUCAACCGUCCCCCUCCCCGGACUCUGAUUCCAUUCUGUUCUUUCUUCCCCACCGACAGAAGCAAGCGGGACGCGGCCUUUGUGCAAAGGAAGGCUGAACGGGCUGCCAUGCGGGCUCACCUCCGGGAGAAAUAUCAGCUGCCCAAGAGCCGGACGGAUAAGAAGCAGAUGGAAGCAGCAGGGGGCCAGGUGACGUUUCCACAAGACCUGCUGGCGAUCGUGAAGUCCAAGGCCACCUCGGACGCUGGCUCACUCUUCCCCGGUUUCGGCGACCUGGAUUUCAGCUCCUUCCGGAUGACCGCACAGAACGCCAUGAGGUCGUGGCAGCAUCCGGUGCAGUGCCCUGUCAUGUGAGCAGACCCUGAGCCUCCGGGGCUGCCCGAUGAAUCACGUGCCACAUGG